AUUAUUAUUAUUCUCUUUGAAAGUUGAAAAUAGGAGAGAGGCCAAGCAAAGGGAGACAGAGAGAGAGAGAGAGAGAGAGAGGAACCAGAGAAAAACAUAUUUUAAAGGCAUAGCCAACCUGCGUAAUAUUCGCAGUGGAAAAUACCACCACCAAUUUCUUCACCACGGCACCUCCCACCACCAACGAAUCAAAUCUAAUCUCUCUCUGUUGAUAACUGCGGCAUCUCCAAUAAAACAGGACUCUCUCUCACUGCGGCAUCUCCAAUAAACCAGGACUCUCUCUCCUUCACUUUUAAAAGGCAAACGAAGAGCAACAAUAAGCAGCAAUUCAAUUUGCAUUCCUCUCUUCCCUUUCCCAGGGACGCGUUUUGGGGACGGAGGCCUUUUGACUCCAAAAUAAAAGAAAAGAAAAAAAAUAAAAAGAGAAAAGGAAGUUUCUUGGUCGGUGCAGUGUUGUUAGUCGGGCUGUCAAAGGACUCUUGACAGCCCGAUUUUCUUGGACCCUUUCAUUAAGGUAAGGUGGUUGUCUCUCCUUUCAUAUUUGGUUAUCUGGGUUGUGGUCAGAUUCGGUUGCCUGGCUCUGUAUUUUAUUCCUGCUUUGAUAUUUUGUAGGAUUGCCUUCAUGUUCUUAUGAGAGAUUCUCUUCUUCUGUCUCCGCUAUGGGUUCCUUGUCUGGAAUCCUUCAAAGACCAAUAGUGGCAGCUGCUGCCGUUGCCGUCGCUUCUGUUUCUACUGACCUUUCCGAUAAACUCCCAUCUCUUAAAUCAUUAGAUACUUUUUCUGCCAUAGACCGGUCACAUUCUUCAUUAUCUAAUUCAGUGCGAGAACCAAACAUUUCAUGGGUUUCCCAUAUAUCAGUUUCCAAGCUGACAAACAUGUCCUUUGUCACUAGAAUUCGUGUACCUAUACCUAACGCCAACUUCCCAUCCUCUAAUUCAAUUCGGAAAUUUGUCCCCAAUACAUUAGCUUCUUCUCUUCUUCUUAAUUCAUAUCAGUCUGCAGAGUUGGCAAAAGGACCGAAACCAACAGCAUUUACGAAUGCAAUCCCUACUUCCCCUCCUGAUGUAUUGUACAGAUGGCAUUUGCCUGAGCCAGAUGCUAUUGAUGUUUCUGGGUCUUUCGAUUGCUCGUUGGGAAAGUCUAGGACAGUCGUGGUUCUGUUAGGAUGGUUGGGAUCAAAGCAGAAGCAUCUUAAGAAAUAUGCGGAUUGGUAUACUUCAAGGGGAUUUCAUGCCAUUACUUUUACAUUUCCAAUGGCAGAGAUUCUUAGUUACCAAGUUGGUGGGAAAGCUGAACAGGAUAUAGACUUGCUUGUGAACCAUCUGGCUGAUUGGCUAGAAGAGGAACAUGGAAAGAACCUGGUUUUCCAUACUUUUAGCAAUACUGGAUGGUUAACUUAUGGAGUUGUACUGGAGAAGUUUCAGAAUCAGGAUCCUUCUUUAAUGGGAAGGAUUAAGGGUUGUAUUGUGGAUUCUGCACCUGUUGCGGCCCCUGACCCCCAGGUCUGGGCAUCGGGUUUCUCUGCAGCUUUUCUAAAAAAGAACAGUGUUGCUACAAAAGUACAUGUGAGCUCAAAUGAGUCAAAUGUGGAGAUAUUAGUUGGGAGCAAAACAUUGGUAGAACCCAAACCUGCAGCAACUGAAGCAGCUUUAUUAGUAAUUUUGGAGAAGUUCUUUAGUGUGAUUUUGAAUCUUCCUACUGUGAACAGGAGGCUCUCUGAUGUGCUAAGCUUAUUAUCAUCAGGACAACCUAGCUGUCCACAGCUAUAUAUUUAUAGCUCUGCAGAUAGAGUCAUCCCGGCAAUGUCUGUGGAAUCGUUUAUAGAGGAUCAGCGAAGGGCUGGGCAUGAGGUCAUGGCUUGCAACUUUGUGUCUACACCUCAUGUUGAUCAUUUCAGAAAUGAUCCAAAACUGUACAGCGCUCAACUUAGCCAAUUUUUGGAUGACUAUGUGCUUACUUCUUGUAAACGUGCUUAAUUGAAACCACUGGGGCAAUAGAUUAAACCCUUCAUUCUUUCUUUUCUUUUCUUCUUUUUUUUUUUUUUGGAAAAGAUUGCGGUUGCACAGCUUUUAGAAAUUAUUUCAAUUUCAUUGGCACAGACUUAUUGAAUGCAACAGGAGGAAUAAUAACUUCUUUAUUGAUCA